UAUAAUUGAACCUCACAACUUCGAUGUCUCUGGGCACAACGACGAUUUCUCUCAGUCCCAGUCCCAGGUUGCCAAUGCGAAACUUAGCGACUAUAUAAUAGCCACGAAUGCGAUUGCUCACCACCUGAAAAAAAAAAAACCACCUCCAUCACCCUACCCAGGGAACCAACCCUUCCCAUCCUAGCCCAGCAUGUACAACUCCCUCACCCGAAUACAAAACGUCUUCGGCUUCUUCACCACCGUCGCCUUUGCCGUCGCCGCCCUCAUCGCCGCCUCCGACUUCGCCAGCCCCCGAAACCCCAGCGGCUCCAUAAUACCCACCAAUGUCCAAGUCGUAAAAGGCCGGCCGCACUACUACAGCACCAAGAAAGAAGAAUACGCCAUCAUCAAGUUCUCGCUCGACGCCGACCUCUCGUCCCUCUUCACCUGGAACACCAAGCAGGUCUUCGUCUACGUGACCGCCGACUGGCCCUCCCCCGCCUCCACCGCGAACCAGACCAACUCGGCCGUGAUCUGGGACGCCAUCAUCACGUCCCCCAGCGCCGACCACCUCGCGAACAUCGGGCCCGUCGCCCUGCGCAAGCUGCGCCGCAGCGCCGCCGGAAAGCCCGUCGACCCCUCCCGCGGCCUCCUCUCUCUCAAGAACCAGAAGCCCAAGUACCAGAUCACCCACCCCACCGGCCGCAUCGCCGACACCGAGGGGGUCGCCCUGCGCCUGCACUACAACGUCCAGCCGUGGGUGGGCCCGCUGGUGUGGAACCAGGCGGUCGAUCUGGGCCCGUGGAAGAAGCUGGAGGGCGGCGAGAGCGAGGUCUUUGCGCUGCCCGCCUUGAAGGGGGCGAAGGGGGCGAGUGAGGGGAAGGCGAAGAGGAAGGCGAGUUAGUCAGACCCCAAGAUAAAAAAAUAAAAAAAAAGGGAGAGAGAAAUAAUUAGGAAAUAGUUGGUUCUCUGUAGUUGAGUCAUUUACGUCUUGAUAAUGCAUCCAUGAUACAUACAUGCCUGCAUACUGUAAAAUGUGACUCCUGGUGGCCAUUGCCAGGACUGAUCUCUACCAAGAAGGUACCCAGGUCGGCAGGCAUACAGAGAGAGGUAGGUUAGUCAAGUAUAAAACCAUAGUUACAUUUCACACAAAAAAAACGACUUUCAUACACGGUAUCUAUCACCCGAUUCAAGAGUCUGGUUUGUUUUAAUACCAGAGCACAUAGUAGUAUACCCACGCAAGUCAAGAGUAAAAAAUGAAA